CCCGGCAGGGAUGCUGCUCCUGCCGCUGGUAUGGGGAUUAUGGUGCCUGACUGCUCUGGAGCAGGGGGGCCCUGCAUCUGCUGCCUUUCUUCCCCCCAGCGUGGAGAGACUCUUCCAGGAGUUUAACAACAUCUUCGAGCAAAGUCAGGAAGCGCUGGAGCCCUCGGUGGACAUCAACCAUCUGCCCUCCAACUACCACAACGAGGAGAAGCAACGACGGAAAGUGGGGAAUGCCACUGUGUACAGCCACCGUGAAAUCAGCAAAGUGACCGAUAACCGUACAGGCGAUAUGGUGUUUUCAGAUAAAACUGUGACCUCUAUCGAACAGGGAGAAGUCCACCCAGAUGAGGAGAAGGAGACAAAGCCGGUGGCUAGUCAGGAAGAAAAAAGUCCCGAGGCAGACAGGCCGAGCCCUGGGCUCAGAUUCAUCAACUUGGGUCUCCCCCAGCCUCGGCCUCGGCUGACUUUUCUAAUCUUUCGUUUGCCCCAGCAUCUUAAGAGUGAGGAGAUGCCUGAACCCAACUUGGUGAAGGAAGAGCCAGUCAGUGAUAGGAGGCACAGGUUGCUGGCCAUUAGGAACGGGCUUCUAACGGCCCCCCAUCCCAUCAAGAAGAAGGCCCUCACUUUGAACUGCACAUUUGUACCACGGAAGCACCGCUUCUUUUUCCUAUGGUGGAAGAAAAUAUAA